CCAAAAACCGGAUAAGAAAUUAGAUUAAACGGUUUCCUUUCAAUCUUUUCUCUUCUACUUCCCCAGUAAGCUUGUGGGAAACAAAUGAGUUUUCAUGGAUAAGUAUAAUUAUAUGUGAAAGCAAAAGAAUUGAUAUCUUUUUUUCCCCCCACACACAACUAAGAUCCCCUCUCUUUUUCCUACCUUCCCAAGCAAACUAGUUGCUAAAACAACCAAAUCUCCCGUUCUAUCCUUUCAUCCCCUCCACCUUUCCAAGACAUAUAAGCUGGAAACAACUAAGAAUUUGUAACUAGAUUUCUACCCUUUCACCUAACUACACUCUCUCCCGGCCUCAAUAAAAACCCUCUCCUCCAGCCCAUACAUAUCAAGCACCAUUUGAAAAUUUCUCAAGCACAAACACCGCCACUCACACAAAAUAACAUUACAAACAUGACCAAACAGGCAGUGGUCUUCUCCCUCUCAAUUCUACUUGUAUUUCUCUUCCAUUGCAUUACAACUACAGCCCAGCCAGCCGCGGCUCCUGCCAAGCCCGCCGAUGCCCCGACCCAGCCUGCCAGUCCCCCAGCCCAGCCUGCCAAGGCCCCAGCCCAGCCAGCCAAGAUACCAGUGCAGACUGGUCCCACCGACAUUACCAAAAUCCUCAAAAAGGCCGGUGGGUACUCGGUGUUUAUCCGCCUCUUAAAGAGCACAGGCGUUGCUGGGCAACUAUUCGGGCAGCUCAACGAUUCAAGCAUUGGGUUUACCAUAUUUGCUCCUACUGAUUCGGCAUUCUCAAACCUCAAAGCGGGUACUCUAAACUCUUUGUCUGACCUACAAAAGACCCAACUAAUACAAUUUCAUAUCUUAAACACCGUUGUUACUCUCACAAACUUUCAAACCUUGAGCAAUCCAGUGCCGACAGAAGCCGGAGAUGUCAGCAACAAUGAGUUUCCACUGAACAUUACCACAGAUGGAAACCAAGUUAACAUCUCCACUGGCCUUGUGAACGCCACUGUGGGCGGUACAGUAUAUUCGGAUGACCAGCUUGCUAUUUAUCAGGUGAGCAAAGUACUUCUUCCACUAGACAUUUUUGCUCCCAAGCCUAAAGUAGCAGCGGCACCAGUGUCGUCAAAGCCCAAGACAAAUGAGGGUGCUGCGGAGAGUCCAUCUGGUGCUUCUAAAGUGGAUGAGGCUGCUGCAGUGAGAGACUGCAGGCAUGAAAUGUUGGCAUCCAUUGGAGUUGCUGUUGUUGCAUUCUUUGUGAUGAAAGGAACUUAAUGGAUUGGAUUAUAUGUGCCAGUGCUCUGGCGGGCUUCUGUUGUCUAGUGCCGCAAGAUUUACUGAGUUGGGUUCAAUGGUCGUGAUCAACCAUCUUUCCUUGUCCCAUCUAUCUGUAUUUUCUUUUCUUUUUCAUUUUUGCCAAGCUUGUCAAUGUUAAAGGUAGA